AUGAUAUUCUCGGACCUUCCCUCUGAAAUUCAUUCAGAAAUUGCAAAAUAUCUUACUGUGCCAGACUUUAUUUCUCUCAGUCAAAUCUGCAUAGCACUCCAACCCUUGUAUCAAGUAUUCUCAUGGCGGCUUUGUAUCGUCUCUUGGAUAAAUAAAGGCGCGUCUUCUACGAAAACUCAUCGCUUUAUCCCUUAUAAGGCUUUCCUUAGUCCAAAGAAAUUCUCUUGGUUUAAAUUUUGGGAAGUCCAAACUAUCAUCUUCACAGAUGUAGAUAACGAAUGUACUCGUUAUUUUCUUCAAAUCCCAGCUGAUGCAGAAUUUCGAAAAGCAUAUCGGUUUCUACAAGAAGUAUAUAUUGAUUCCAAGGAAGAUAGUAGGGCUAUCGAGUUUAUCUUGUCCUCAGAAUUCUAUUCCACCUUUAUAUCUCAUUUCAUUUCGUCAACUCCUUCAAAUUUUUCAUUUAAGCUAUCACUGGUUGUUAGUCAGUCCUACAAUGAAAUUGUGACAGGGCCACAUGCGAGCUUGUCUCUCAGCGGUCUGUCCUUUAUUACCAAUCUUACCAUGAUAGGCUCUAAGCUCUCUGCAGCAAACAUCCCAAAAAGUUUUCCCUUUCCUAAUUUACAGACAUUGACCAUCAAAGAUGUACGAGUCUCUCUCAUGACCAACUUUCUUGAGCAACUAGAAGAUAGACAAGUCGCUCCCAAACUUCACACGAUGUUUUGUGAACUUGGUAUAUAUCAACGCCAAAACGUCAUAUAUGUUCAAAACUCUAUUGCAGCUUUGGCCAAACUACCAACUUCAAUACCUAAUUGUACUCUUCAUAUUAUUACAUCUGAUGAAAGCAGCUACAUGCGAUUAGAUCCUAAUAUCGAUGACACAGAGACGUCCACUCAUUUGUUCAGUUUGGAUAUUGUUACUAUUCUUAAGAUUGAUGAAAUUAACUUUGACAUGUCUUUAUUCAGUCUCAUGAUUGCAUUUCCUCGACUUUCAUUUCUCCAAUCCCCUAUAUACACAAUGACUGCAAACAUAAGUCCUAUUUUAUACCUUGAUAACUUUAAUAUUAUGGGGCAGCUCACUAAACUCUCCUUUUUGUUUGAUUCAGUUCUCAAUCUUCAAACGCUUCGUGCAAUUAAAACACUUAAAACUCUAAAAUGUUUUCAGUUUUAUCGUGGUGGUGAGGAAUUUUUCAAUUUUGUACCAGAACUUUUUGACUUUCUAUGCGAUGGAAUUAAACAUUUUUUUAAGUAUGCCCGUCACUUGAACAGAGAUGAAAUUGUUGCUUUACUUCGAGGAAAAUACCAAAAUUUGAUUGGUAUUUUAAAAACAGUAAGACCAAAAGCUGAAGCUGUUUCUCAUUCUCUUGCAAGCUCUUCUGAUGAUAGUAGCGAUAGUUUUAGUGAUACUGAUAGUAAUGAAAGUUACGACAGUCAUAGUAUUGAAGAUAACACCGUCACCAACAUGUUUAAUAAUAUUAAUGGUGAUGAUGAUUAUGAUUUUACUGGUGGUAGUAUUGACAAAAUCGGUAGUGGAGGCAGUAUUGGCGGUAACUACAAUUAUGAAGAUGAGAAUGAGAAUGAUAAUAACAAUGAAAUUAAAACUCAUAACAUUUCUCCCAAUGAAUAUAAUAGUCAAAGUGAAAGCGAAGAAAUAGAUCAAACAACAAAAAGCCCUGUUUACGACACAACACAAAAAACAGGUACAGAAUCGAGCUCAAAAUCCGGAAAGGUAAUGAAAUCAAAAGCUUAUGGAAAUGAAAAAAAAGGCAACACAUCUUCGGAUUCUGCUGGUUUUCUGGAAAGCAAAAAUGAUCCAUAUUUUGAUGAGAUUGUAGACAUUUUAGCUCUCAUGUACGAAAAUCCUACCGAAUGUCUUAGAAAGUACCAGGAUUCAUCGGUUGGAGAUAAUGGGAAACUCUUGAUCCUAUCUAUUUGUUUCUCUGACUCAUACCUCGAAAUGUUUCUUAAUUUUAGUAGUCUAGAAUAUGCUUGUCUGGACCUGGAUGUAAUUCGAAUAAACUAUCCCACGUUUGGGAUUAUCAAAUAUUUGGAGCAACACAGGGGUUCUUUGCGUCCACAUUUGAAAUCUGCCAAGCCUCAGCAUUCCUUGAAGCAAUGUUUGAUUUCUUUUGGAGAGCGCCAGGGAGCUCAAUGCCCAAAAGAUACUGAGUACUGGGACUUUUCUGAUGACAUUGCUGACCCUGAUUUUUUCGUGUCACAUUAUUAUGGCGUCUUUUAUAAGGACCCUUUUAUUCUUAAGCUUAAAACAGGAAGAGAAUAUCAAUUGCUUUUUGAUUUAGAACAGAGAAGAAAAUUCCAUGUGCCAAAUAAAGAAAAGGGUGAAGAAGGGGCUGUUUUGCGUGUUGCAGAUUUUUUUGAUAGCAAUUUCAAUGGAUGGAUUUAA